AAUGAAAAAGAGGGGAAUGUAUCCGAAAUAGCACGAAAGUGAAGAGUAUGUAUCCAGGACAGUAGAAAAGAGAAGAGAAUGUAUCCGAAGCAACACAAAGGAAUAGAAAAUGUAUCCAGAACAAUAGAAAGGAGAGGAGAAUGUAUCCUAAAAUGCACGAACAAGAGGAGAAUGUAUCCGAAAUAGCACGAAAGGGAAGAGUAUGUAUCCAAAACGGCGCGAAAGAGAAGAGAAUGUAUCCGAAGCAACACAAAGGAAUAGAAAAUGUAUCCAGAACAAUAGAAAAGAGAGGAGAAUGUAUCCUAAAAUGCACGAACAAGAGGAGAAUGUAUCCGAAAUAGCACGAAAGGGAAGAGUAUGUAUCCAGGACAGUAGAAAAGAGAGGAGAACGUAUCCAAAACGACUGAAAAGAGAGAAGAAUGUAUCCAAAACGACAGGAAAAAAGAAUAGGUAUAAAGGUUAGAAAAGAGAAAAUAUAUAAUAAAAGAACAGAAACGACUAAAAAGUGAUGUUAAUGUAUCAAAACGACAAAAAACGAGAAGAUAGCGUAUACAGAAAGACAGACACGAGAACAAAAUGUAAAGAAAAAUACAAGAGAGAAAAGAAAAUGUAUAAAAAAGAACGAAAAGGAGAGAAUUAGGUAUAUGAAACUAAGGACAGAAAAACGAAGACAAUGUAUCCAAAACGACAGAAGAAAAAGAAAGAAACGGUAUAAAAAGGACAAAGGAAAAGAAAAUAUUUGAAGCAGUGACUGAAAAGAGAAGAAAAUGUAUAAAUUAGGAUAGAGAACAGAAGACAAUGUAUCCAAAGCGACAGAAGAAAAAGAAAGAAACGGUAUAAAAAGGACAAAGGAAAAGAAAAUAUUUGAAGCAGGGACUGAAAAAAGAAGAAAAUGUUUAAAUUAGGAUAGAGAACAGAAGACAAUGUAUCCAAAGCAACAGAAGAAAAGAAAGAAACGGUAUAAAAAGGACAAAGGAAAAGAAAAUAUUUGAAGCAGUGACUGAAAAGAGAAGAAAAUGUAUAAAUUAGGAUAGAGAACAGAAGACAAUGUAUCCAAAACGACAGAAACCAGAAGACAAGGUAGCCUAGUAUCCGCCACGACCAGGCCACGACCGAAGCCGAGUCCCGACCGUCGGCAUCACCGUCUCGUUUCCCGCCGAUUCGCAGGAGAGCGCCGAGACCUCCAGGGCGAAGAGUUAUAAAUGCCUGACGGUAUAUUAAUAGCUCUUUCGGCUCUAGCUUUCCAAAGACGCCUCCGAAAACCAUAACAAGACUUCCUAACCAACCCCCAAACCUCACAUAACCUUACCAACCACCCCAAACCGCACGAUAGUCAGUUUAACCAAGAAAAUUCGCUUUAGGGGAUGAUACGAGGGUGAAAUGGGAGUUUUGAGGUGGUUUUGGGUGACUGGGGUGAGGUUAAGUCAUAGCCAAGGUGAGGGAAACGGACGGUGCUCAGCUGACAGGCAGUGACGUCAUUCUUGCGUUCACUGAUAACACAAACCCCGGGAUGCGCGCCACUCCGUCCUCCUCGGCCUCGUAAUCUUCCAGCGGCGGGCGGCGAGACACACCCUUCCCUGGACGCACCCAAAACCCCACGCCCACACGCCCCAUCUCCCAUCUGACCCACACGCAGGUCGAGGGCAAGAAGGCGUGAAGGAUGGGCGGGCGAGUUGCAUGGCCACAGCCCAGAGCACCAGACGACUAGUAACCCAGACAGACUACCACCACUACCAGAGCAACGACAACAAGAGCGGGACAGCAGCACGGGGACCCACCCAGCGCUGAGGCGGCGUCGCGUGGACCGGAGCCGAGCGGGAGAGCGCCAGCCACACGUAGUCGGCAGUCAGUUGCGGCCCACUGGAGCGGCCCUAGACCCCCUCAACGGCCCUCAGUAGCGGCCCUCUGACAUCACCCGCCGCGCCGCCCUCCACCCCGCGCCCUCCCGCAUGAGACAAGGGCCAUGGAUGCGCAGCGGAGGCAGUUGUGUCCUCGCCUGGUGGACUACCUCGUGGUGGUGGGGGCCAGGACACCGGGGCGCGCCGCACCCGUCCAGCCUCCGGAGCUCCUGCGACGCUACCCGCCAGACGACCACAAGGACUUCCCUCUCCCCCUGGACGUGAUAUACUUCUGCCAGCCCGAAGGAUGCGUGUCUGUAGGGCCGCGCAAGACGUCCCUCCGAGAAGCCACGUCCUUCGUCUUCACCCUCACCGACAAGGACUCAGGCAAGACUCGGUUCGGGAUAUGCGUCAACUUCUACCGCGCCGUGGAGCGAGGGACGACGGGCGGGCUGGCGGCGGUUCGGGGUCGAGAUCGAGGCUCCUCCUUCAAGCGGGAGUCGUGGCGGACGAGCCUCGACAAAAGCUCCGACUCGGCCUUCUCCAGCCACUUGGUGUCCGGCAGCGAUCAGCGGUCCACCUUGGCGCCGAGUGACAGCGAGAGGGACUGCCCGCCGUCUCGCCGUGACUCUGAAUCCACCUCGCCGGCGUCCCACCUCGGCGUCAACCCCCCCGGCAACGACUCGGAUACCGGCGGCUCUCAUUCCCCUUCCCCGCGCGCCGCCAGGAAAAGACAGCGCGUCCGUAACCACUCCCUCACCUCUCUCUGCAUCCUCUCCCACCACCCCUUCUUCACCUCCUUCCGAGAAUGUCUUUUCCUCCUGCGGCGGAUGAUCGACGCGUGCAACGAGAACGCGUCGCCGAGGAGAGUUGGUGCGUCGAGGCAGAACAACAGGGACACGGUCUGGAGCGUGAUGACGGGUCGGCCCCAUGACGGAGUGCCCAGUAUUGUGAUGCACGACGUGAGGGAGAUUGAGACGUGGAUCCUUAGGCUGCUCUCCGCCCCCGUCUGCGUCCCCGGGAAGACCAGAGUAGAGCUGGAGUUACUGCCGAAGGAGCUCCACGCGCCCCUGACCUUUGCCCUCCCUGACCACACCCGCUUCUCCUUCAUCGACUACCCGCUGCACCUGCCCUUGGAGCUGCUCGGCGUGGAGUCCUGCGUCAAGGUCCUCGAACUCAUCAUCUUGGAGCAGAAGCUUGUGCUACAGUCUCGGGAUAACAACGCACUCUCCAUGUCCGUGCUUGCCUUCGUCACCAUGAUCUACCCCCUGGAGUACAUGUUCCCCAUCAUCCCGCUGCUGCCGACCUGUAUGAGUUGCUCCGAGCAGCUCCUCCUCGCCCCAACGCCCUACAUCAUCGGCAUCCCCGCAUCCUUCCUCCGCUACAAAAAACAGUUUGACAGACUCCCGGAUGACGUGUGGCUGGUGGACCUGGACGCCAACAAGAUCACCGCGCCGCCUGCCUGUGACGAGAUCCCGCCCCUGCCCGAGCCGGAGUGCACCAUCCUCAAGAACCAUCUCAAGCAGAUCCAUGGCCUGUACGAAAGUAACUGGUACACAAAAUUUCAUCAACUAACUAUCGAAGCUGGGGCUAUAAAAUCUAUGGAUGAGGCGCUGGCCAGCAUGUCGCCCCAGCCGCCGCCGCCACGCACGGCAGAAGACAUGGAGCGAGAGAAGGCCAUGCAACAGCACGCUCCCGGCUCACACUACAACCUCUUCAUAUAUGGUAAUGAUGUUGACUCAGUGGACAUAGCGACCAGAGUGGCCAUGGUGCGCUUCUUCAACUCCCAGAACGUGUUGGCCAACUUCACAGAGCACACCCGGACCCUGCGGCUGUACCCCCGGCCAGUGGUGGCCUUCCAGAUCAACUCCUUCCUUCGGUCACGGCCCCGAGCCACGCCCUUCCUCAGUCUGUUUGCUCGCACGCAGGCUGUGGAGUUCCUGGCCGAGUGGUCCAUCACGCCCUCCAACAUGGCCUUCCUGAGGGUGAACACAGGUGUCUUUGAUCCCACCCUCAUUGGCGACAAGAGCAAGUGGUACGCCCACACCCUGGAGCCCAUCGGAUUCAGGGUGUGGCAGGACGGCAGCUCCCUGGGCAGCACCCUGAGGGCCAGCACCCAGGUGGACAACCCCCCCACAGACGAGAGUGGCAGUGACUCUGAGGGCGGGGAGAGCACCAGCAGUUCCUACUCUUCCCUCAGCGACUUUGUGUCUGAGAUGCACUCGUCGGACCUCUCUCCAGGGUGUGGAGCAGCAACAGAGAAGGAGAAGGCGACCCUCUCCUCCGGCCUGGACCCCCGCUCAGUGUUCCACCCUCCCUCCACCCUCCAGCUGCCCGGCGCCGCCUCCUCAGACUCAGCGCUGAGUCAUGCCGGGUCCAUGUCCACCUCCUCGUCCCACUCAUCCCUCUCAUCCGCCGACCACCACGAUGAUGACGAUGAUGAGGAGACGGGCGAGGGAGUCAUGAGGGAGGAGGAUGCGGAUAAACUGGUCAUCCCCGCGCCGUCCCUUCACCCGCUGAUGCUGCGCUCCGACAUGCUGGAGAAGAGCGAUGAGGUAUUCACGCCGGAGAGCGACUCAGCGACCACCACCCCCAAGACCGUGGUGAGCAACAACCAGUCACCGCUGCCCCACAUCAGCCCCACGCCCUCCGUCAGCAGCGACGUGUCCGUGGCUACGCUGUCCUCCGAGCGGGACAGGCCCACCACCCCCCGCCCCCGCACCUUCUCUAAGGGAGCCAGUCCAACUCCCCAGAGGCAAACAUCCAUUGGCUCCGUGCUUGCUCGUGCCUCCAGCCUGGGGUCGGGGAGCUCCGGAAGCGGCCCCACCCGGCAGUGCUCCCAAAACUCCCUCCUCGACCAGUUCACAUCCUCGGCCAAGGAACUCAUCAAGGAGCGGCAAGGAUCCCAAGAGGGCUCCUUCCUCUCGCAGGUGGACAAGUUAACGGAACAGUUUCGUAGCCAAGUAACGGAACGGCUUGAGGUAGUGAAGCAGAGUAGUGGUGAGGAGGGGUCACUGCUCAACCAGAUGGACAAGUCCCACCAAGAGGCAAGUGGCCAGCAUCAGAGGGAAAGGCAGGAGGAGGCAACGUCUUUCUCCAGCUUGGCGGAUCAGCUUACAGUGCAGGCGAAGAGAGCUGCUGAGGAAGCUUCCAAGUCUGUUAGUGUGGCCAGCAAGCAAGCCAAGGAGGCCAGCAAGCAGGCACAGCAGGCCAGCAAGUCGACCUUCGAAGACCUGUCCUUCAUGGGGAAACACACUCUUGGGGACUUCACCAAGACGGCGCGUGAGGCAGCCAAGAAGGGCGGGAUUUUCUCCAAGGUCAGCCUUAAGGCGCUGGAACUCCGCGACGCAUCCUUCGAGGGCAAACUGGGAGGCGGCAGCCCGGCCAUCAGUGCCUCAGCUGAUGUGGGAGGAGGAGGAGGAGGCGGGGGAGGAGGCGGAGGAGGUGGAGGAGGAGGCAGCAGCAUUGUCGGAACCAACGGGGGGAGCUUCCGCAGCAGCACUCCGAGUAUCGGCUACGGGGACGAGAGCAGCGCGGGCAUGGGGAGUGUUGGCCACCGCAGACCAAGCAGUGCCAGUAGUUCGGGCGCUCGCUCCCCAACCAUGACCUCCUCCUCCUCCCGGGACUUCCUCUCAAACGUCAGUUCCGAGCUGAAUGACUUCGCCCAACAAACCACAAGUCUGUUCAGUGAUAUCUUUGUGGAGAAUGGCCAUGCGUUGGGUGUCCCGCCCUCCCCCUCGCCCAGCCUCGGGAGAUUCGGCCGUUCUCCGUUUCGUGCUCGUGGUCCCGGGAGCCGCAGUGUGAGCCCCUCCAGCCUUGGGGUGAGCAACGUGAGGAGCAGGGACAGGGCGCAGCCUUUCGGACCCUUCCCCAAAGGUCGUAAGGGUCUGGUGGAGAAGUCAUCGCUGAUCCGCCACUCCGUCUCGGCGCAGCGCAGGGCGGAGCUCAACAAGAUUGCCACCAUGGAGCAGCGGACCACCUCGGCCUCGGAGAACCAAGCCUUCCUCAAAGACGUGCUGACUCAGGUGAUUGAGGGCGAGGGCAUCGGGUGGCUCAAGCUCAACCGGGUGAGGAAGUUGAUGGAGGACGAGAGCUACCGCAUGCUGGUGGUGUCCGGACUCAACCGCACCCUGGAGAGGAAGAUCGGACCGGAUGACCAUAUCAGCGACGUUUGCGUCAAGAAGCCAGUAUGGAAGGGGAUGCUGAAGCUGAUCAACGCGGUGGUGGCCGGCCUGGAGGUGACGUACAACAACUUCGGGGGCGGCGGCACCUCCUCGGCCCUGCAGGCGCUGGAGAUCUCCCACACCCACUACUGGAGCCGCGACCUCAACGACCCCCACGUCUUGGAGAUGUCGGGGGGCGGGUCCUCGGCCCUGUCCCAGUCUUCCAGUCCCUUGGGCAGCCUCGAGAACCUUCGGUCGCCAGGCAGUCCUCGAGGCUCCCCCUUGCCCCCACACUCCCCUCAGCCACCCUAUGAGAGUUCUGACUGCUCCCGGAAGUCCUCUCAGUCAGACAGCCCCUUCCUCUCGUCUGGGCCGCGGGUGGUGCAUGACCCCCUGAGGUCCCCAGAUGCUGAGGGUCCUGAGUCGGCCACCUCAGACGUCCUGCGAGACCUCUUGGUGCAGAAGAGACAUGUCCUCCUCUCCAAGCUGCAGUCCCAGGAGUCUGAGGCCGGGGACACCUUGCAAGGGUCUGAGGGGCCUCCUUCGUGUGGCGCCAGUGACACCGGCUCCAUCAUAACCAAUCCGGCCUUCCAGCGGCAGAGACUCUCCCACCAGUCCUUCCGCUCCACCGUGUCCGACUCGGAGAUAGAGCAAGGCAACUUCCCGCGUGGCUCCAAGAGAACGUCCAGCAUGUGGUCGAGCAAGUCCUCCCUCUCGACGGGCUUCAGGUACCACGCCGGCAACAUGAUCCCCACCUCCACCACGCCCUCGCCAGACUCCGGCAGAACGUAUCUUUUUGAAGGUCUGAUCGGCAAGGACCGCUCUCCGCUGUGGGAUCAGAUGCAGUUUUGGGAGGACUGCUUCCUGGACGCCGUGGCCCAGGAGCGGGACAUGGUGGGGAUGGACCAGGGGCCAAGCGAGAUGAUGGAGAGGUACAACAGUCUGAGUGAGUCCGAGCGUAAGCGUCUGGAGCACGAGGAGGACCGACUGCUGUCCACGAUGCUCUACAACAUGGUGGCCUUCAUGGUGAUGGUCAACGCCAGGAAGGAGGAAAUCAAGCGCAAGAUUCGGCGCCUCCUCGGCAAGUCCCACAUCGGCCUCGUGUACAGCCAGGAGGUGAAUGAGCUGCUGGACCAGAUCAACAACUUGCACGGGAACGAUAUUGACCUCCGGCCUCUCGGGUCACGCCAAAUGCACCGGCAGAGCUUCACGGUCCACUCAGGCACGGACGCAUCAGGUGACCUUCUGUUCCUGGAGGUGAGGGACGACGGGCUCAUCCUGCGGUCCGUGAGUGGCAUCAUCGUGGAGCGCUGGUGGUUUGAGCGGCUCGUCAACAUGACCUACUCCCCCAAGAAUAAAGUUCUCUGCUUGUGGCGCCGUAACGGAGGCCAGACUCAGCUGCACAAGUACUACACCAAAAAAUGCAAGGACCUGUACUACUGCAUCAAGGAGUCCAUGGAGAGGGCGGCGGCCCGGGGCGUGGGUGCCCUGCCCGGCGUGGAGCUGGGUGGGGAGUUCCCGGUGCAGGACAUGAAGACCAGCGAGGGCGGGCUGCUGCAGGUGUGCAUGGAGGGCGUGGGUCUGCUGUUCGCCACCAGCAAGUUCUUUGUGAGGCUGGACCAUAUCAGGAAGUGCUUCACCCAGAAGGGAGGAAUAUUUGUGCUGGAGGAGUACAAUCCCAAGACUCGGCACGUCAUCCAGCGGAAAUACAAGUCGGCGAUGGCGGACCAGAUCUGCUACGCUGUGCUGUGUGUGUUCUCCUACGUGGCCGCCGGCAGCGAGCAGAAGAAAAUGGAGGUGGCGCAGGAGCACGCCAAGAUGGCUGCUGCUGCUGCUGCUGCUGCCGCGGCCGCUGCAGCCGCCCACCGGAAGCAAUGACACAGCAGCAAGUAGAGUGUCGGCAAGGAUGCUCUGUUGUAGGAAAAGUUCUGAUUGGACUCCCAUAAUCAAACAGUGAUGCAUCACCACAACACCCACAGCAUGUAACAGCCACCACAGACAGACUCAUAGCUACAUCCCUACAGACACACAUUACAAAAUCAGUCAAUCAGAAUCUUAGGGAACUAAUUGUUGCUUAAAACCACUAUGAUCAAAAUGCAAUAAGUAACGUUAUGGCAUCAAAAAUUAUUUUCAAAGUGCAAAUCCAAUCUAAGAUUUGUUUCCACUUCAGACAAAUAUAUUUUUACUCCAUGUGUGUUACCACUAUAGGAAAAUACACAACAGUUUCUGUAGCACAGCAUGCACUGAUUGUGAACUUGGCAUUAGAAGUCUUCUCAUUCAGUAAGACAAUGUGAGCUCUAGUUCCUUAUAACCUCCAUAACUACAGGACAGCUUGGAGUAUUGCAGCAAGGCCACAGUGCUGGCUGGGGGAGGCUGGAGAACAUGAGAAUUAACUGAGCCACAGAACUGAGAGAGAGAGAGGAAAGCCAAUGUAAUCCCAUGUUAGAGUUCUAUAUAAUUGCUUCACUAAAUGGAGAAGUUACUAAUUACAGAGUAGUGCUAUUAUAGUGGAGGUGAAGGUAAAUAGAUAUGAUGAAGCACUUGCAUGACAUAAAUGAAGUGGCAUCAUUGAAUAAGGACGUGCAAGGCUGUAAUUGAUAAAAGAUGAGACAGAUGAGAGAAACUGAAGAACCAAGACAUGAAGGAUAACAAUGAGGAAAACUAAUGAUGUGCAGCUGCUAUUGAUGCAGACGCCUUUGAAACAGUAAAUGAAAAACAACAUUCCGUGGGUUUGAGGGGGAAAAACGCCCCAAGAAAAUGCAGAGAAAAAAAACAGAUGUCACCCAUACACUGAAGGAAGCAAAAUGAACAAACAGUGACAUUGAGAAAAGGUGUGUGUGUGUGUGUGUGUGUGUGCGUUGGUUCUUGUUACUGAACUGGUAUAAUCGAGACGUUUUAAAUCCUAUCACACACUCCAUCGCUAAAUGUGACCUACGUACGGUAAACCAUUAUUUUCCUUAGACACUGGUAUGGUACUGGUGCUAUACUGACGACGGUAGUAUUACAGUGUAGAAUACUUAAUAAUUUUUAAAGAGACGUAUGUUGUAAAUGUUCGGCAGUGUAAAUUACUGUACAUUGUGUAGAUAUUUUGCAUAUUGUUACUGUAUGUCGGUGUGCGUGUGAAGACCACAUGUGUCGGUGUCUUGUUGAUGGCUUGGGUCUCCUCUCGGUGUUACUAGUGACCAGUGCCUCUCACACAGUAAUAAACUCCUACCCGUAGAUCUCUCCCUAACGACACACAGUUCUCCUAGGUUAGGUUCGUAGGCAGAGAAUCAUACAUACAUACAUACAUACAUUCAUUGCUACUCCUAGAAACAAAGUACGUUACAUGCUACAUCCCUAAUGAUUGCAAUAUAGUCGGUGGUACUUUAGUGUCUCUCAAGGUAUCUUAUUAGUUGUCCACACACUGUCCGCACGAUACUCUCAGUGCCAGAAACAAUAGAGUCAACUCAUCCGUAAAUCUCACACCGAGGAGACGUUCACCCGAUCAGAGGAAUCCGGACGCCGCGUACCAUAGCCCAUUCAAAGCCGUGACUGUGCCGUGAAUUUAUUAUCCCUAAAAAGCAAUGAUGAAAGUGCCGUUAUGCUUCGAGGCAGUGUGGCGAGGAGGUGUCAUUCACAUAUCACACCUGGGCAUAGUCUUACGUAUUUAUUUUUUUGCCACGUGGAUGCUGAGAGCUUUCGAACAGACAGACAGACAGACAGACAGACAUAUUAGAGGACAGUAACACUCCAUCUACUAAAAAAUUAAAAUCGACGAAUCUCGUGAAGUCCCCAAAAUUAGGCAAAUGUGACACAGUAUUAAAAGAAGCUAAAUUAAGUCUGUAUCGGGGAAGGGAGAUGAUGUAAUAUUUUCUUCAUGACAAAAAGGAUUUAAAAUAGGGAGGGAAAUCAGACCUAAAUUGUAUAAAAAAAGCUAAAUUCAGUCUGUGUCAGGAAAGAAAGGCGAUGUAAUAUUUUCUAGAGAACAAAAAAAGGGAGGGAAAUGGGUUUAAAUUCCUCUUGGUCUAAUCUGUCGAGGAGAGUAUUGCGACACUUGAAAUAUGGAGGGAAAUAGGGUUUAAAUUCCGCUCGAUCUAAUCCGUUGAGGAGAGGAUCGUGACAUAUCCAUUUCGUACCAUUCGCUUAGUUGUCAUCGUCCAGGAAUCCAACACGUCGCCUCUCCACACCACCAGGCUGUGACUUCCACUCUGCUCUGUUCUGUUCUGCCUCAUGGUCGGCAAAAAGCUCUGCCUGGGUGAGGAGGAGGAGGAGGAGGAGGAGGGUCCGUUUGUGUUAUCCUUUAAGCUGUUGAAUCUUGAUAUAUUUUAUAAGUGGCCAAGAUUAUGAUUUUUGUUGGGUUUGGGACUUUAGUGGAUAACCUCAGCUUGUGAGAGGAAAGGCUCUGUGCUGCACAUGUUAGGGAGUUGGUGAUACUGUACGGAUAUGUAGCUUUGGCCGAGGCUUGAAGAGAUAUCAGUAUUACAUAUAGAAGAGACGUUCCUAUGACAAGGUGUAAGUAAUUCAGGAUAAGCUUAAAAGGAUGUUCAGAAAAAUUCACCUCAUCUUUAGUCAGUGGGGGAGACAGUUAAAGGAAAAAUAUUUUCCAUAAAAUGAAAAUAUCUUUGUUCCUGAAAAGUUUUCCUAAACAAUAAGAUAUUACAUUCAAGCCUUAUUCAGAAUAAUUUUUGAGGAUGAGUGCAGUUGGUGAGUGGGUUCCUUCUAAACCCACAACAUGGAGAAAGAUGUUUAUUGGCAAAUAACUAUGAAUUAUCUAAUUGAAGCUUGCAAUACAUAAUCCAAAGUCCGUGCCUAGCCACAUGUAGUCUGAUGGUGUGUGGCUGCUCACCAACUCACGAGGGAUCGGUCUGCGCCACCAGGACUUCUCACGUGUCACAAGUGGAGUGUUCAUAAAGAGUCAGCCUGAAGGCCUAAGAAUAUUGUAAUGUUUCCCUCGGAGUCUACUGGAAUUAAAUUAUUGAAUCCUAAAAAAAAUCCUAAUUAAUCUUAUGUAUUCAUUAAUGAUACUUAGAUUUUUAUUUAUUUAUUUUUUAUUUAUUGGCAAAUGAGGAAGAAGAAGAUAUGUCACCUCACGUAGUCCUUCCUUGAAUCACUUCUUCAGGACGGUAGUCAGUGUUUGUAGUUCACCUUAACAACAGUCUCGCAGUUGUAUGUGAAACUGAACAAUAAUGUAUUUCAAUGCAUCAUUUCCUCCUGCAUAAUAAUUAUCUCAAAGUGAAACACUCCUGUAAAAUGAACUGAGAACAUUUAGUAGCAUUUCCUUUCAGUGUGUGUACCACGAAGCAUUUACACAACCCCUCCUGUAGUGACCCCAGUAACUAUUGUCUCAUUCGGGACAGAACCUGAGCAUGGAGAAAGGAAAUAAGGAGCAGUGAGAAGGAUGGGGAAUAGGUGUGAGCAAGGAGGAAGAAACUAAAGGAGCAAAGAUGAGGAUGUUGAACAGGUGUGAGCAAGGAGGAAGAAAUUAAAGGAGCAGAGAUAAGGUUGGUGAACAGGUGUGAGGAAGGAGGAAGGAGAGGAAAAGAAUAGUGAGGAAAUGGAGCAGUAAUAUAAGUUCAAGAAAAGGAGUAUAUAGCAGGAAUGUAAUAAGAAUGAUAGAGAGAUUAGAAAAGACAGAAUAGAGAGAGUAGAGCAAGGCAGUUGAGUUAAGAUAAGUAAUUCAAGAGGAUAAAAGGAAGAGGAGGAGGAUUAAGUUAAAAAUGGAAAGUAUAUGAAAAUGUAAGCAAGGCUAGUUUAGUAUGUAUAAGUAUAAUUUAAAAAAGGAGGAGGAAGGGGAAGAAAAGACUUAAAAAUGGAAAGAAAAUUGUUUGAGUGUAAAGCAAUGAAAGUCAGAACAUUUAUACUCCUCUGUUUUUAAUCAGUGGAGUCUUGAAGGAUUUGCAACAUGGAUAAUGGAGUCGGUUUGUGCGCGAGUACGUACGUGAGGUCACUGCCUUUCUUCGUGUGUCUCGGAGGUUGGGAAGUGGACGGGUGGAUGCGUCUUUCUCCCUCUUUUGGUUUAUGUGAUCUUUUUUAUUGCUAUUAUUUUUUUACGGCAAAGGAAGCAGUUCGAGGGCAAAAUAACAUAAAGACAAAAAAGUUCGCUAAUCACUGCUGGCUGCGAUGAAUUACCAAGAUUAUUUUUGUACAUAUCUGACGACGAACUGUGAAGGGAAGCUCUGGUCGGAAGCGAAGCCUGGCGUACUCUUUCCCCAACUCUUGUGGAAACUCAGAAGGGAAAUGAACGUAAGGGGUUUAAAGCCUGUUGUAAUCUUUUCCUCUCCCUUGUGGAAAUUCUAAAAAGGGAGAUGAACUUAAAGGGUAUAAAGCCUGGCAUAUUCUUUUCAUAACUCGUGUGGAAACUCAUAAAAGGGAGAUGAACUUAAAGGGUAUAAAGCCUGGCAUAUUUUUUUCCUAACUCUUUUGGAAGCUCAGAAAGGAGAGAUGAGAGUAAGUGGGUUAAAGAUUAGAGGCUUCCUUUCGCUCAGGGUUUCUCCCCCUCAAAAAUGGGUAGUAUAUAUAUUUUUUAAAGGUUUUUGGUCCUAUUUAUCCAUCUUCUCAGAAAUCUUCAUAUCAUAUAAUACCUGUGUAAAAAUUAACCCUAUGUGAAAUUCAUCCCAGACUGUAACAUGUGUACUUGUGUAAAAAUUAACCCCAUGGAAAAUUUGGCCCAGACUGUAACAUGUGUACUUGUGUGAAAAUUAACCCCAUGGAAAAUUUGGCCCAGACUGUAACAUGUGUACUUGUGUGAAAAUUAACCCCAUGCAAAAUUUGGCCCAGACUGUAACAUGUGUACUUGUGUGAAAAUUAACCCCAUGCAAAAUUUGGCCCAGACUGUAACAUAUGUACUUGUGUGAAAAUUAACCCCAUGGAAAAUUUGGCCCAGACUGUAACAUAUAGACGUGUGAAAAUUAAACCCCAUGCAAAUUUGACCUGGACUAACAUAAUAUACUUGUGUGAAAAUUGAUCCCCUACAAAAUUUAACCUGGACUACAACCCCUUCAAUGAAAAAGUAGGAUUCACAUAAGACUUGCCACCCCCUCCAAAAAAAUAUAAAGUGUGGGUUAACAUUUAUAUUUUCGCAUAAGUAUAUUUGAUAAGCGUCACCCGGUUCAUCCAUUUUCAGCAUAGGCUUCACAUUUUUUCAAGCCUCAAAAUUCUUCCCGGCUUAGUGGAACGUCGUUGUGUUUCGAAGCGGAGACAACCCAGUGUUCCGUAGACGUGUGUGGCUUACGUGCCUUCAGCGGAGGGAGGGAGGGAGGGAGUAGAGGAGAGGAGGGAACCCACAUAGCAUACCCAGCAAGAACCAGCGUUUUCUGUAGGGAGUUAACCAGGUGUCGGCAUUUCUCUGGGGCAAGGGAAAGUGAAGUCAGUAGAAGCCAGGGACUCAGCUUAUCUACAGCAGUUUUAGGUUUUUUAAUACCAUGAUGCUCUUGUGAACAUCUGAAGAAUUAGAAGAAAAAUUUGUGCGGUCGAGAAAGUCAAAUUUGGCAGUUCUCUGGAGCAAGGAAAAAGAAAAUCAGUAGGACCCAGGAAUUCAAAUAUAUCUAAGCACUCAGGUUUUCCAGUGCCAUGAUGCUGUUGUGAAUAUCUGAAGAAUUAGAAGAAAAAUUUGUACGGUCGAGAAAGUCAAAUUUGGCAGUUCUCUGGAGCAAGGAAAAAGAAAAUCAGUAUCACCCAGGAACUCAAAUUUCAUAUCUAAACACUUUCAGGUUUUCCAGUGCCAUGAUGCUGUUGUCAAUAUCUGCAAAUUUAUAAGAAGAAAAGAAUAUUGGGGCAAGGAAGUGUAAUUUAAAUACUGGUGGCUCGUAUACCUGGUUAUUGCUUCAUUAUCUCCCUCGACUCAUUUUUAUUUAUUGUGAGGGCCAAAAAAACUAAGCCUCCAUCACAUUAAGCAUCGUAAACUUUAAUCUUUACACCUGUUCAAUCACACCGUCGGAGGAAGUACACAAUUUUGACUAAUAAACCCUUUUUUUUUUUCUAAGAUGAUUUAUCGGCUGGGUGUUAGUACGGUAAUUAUUCACUCCCGACUUUGUGUUAAAACUUGGAAAUGGAGAGAUGUGAUGUUGGUUGAGUACGAGACAUAUCCAAGACCUCGAGUGAGUGUAGGAUGCACCACCACAACCACAACCACAACCACUUUUGCUCUGGUUGGUUGACUGGUUGAAUGGUUGUUUGGCUGGGUGGCUGGCUAAUUGGGUGGCUGCAUGGUUGGUUGAUUGGCUGGUUAAUUGACUGGCUCCAUGUUUGGUUGACUGGCUGGCUGGCUAAUUGGGUGGCUACAUGGUUGGUUGACUGACUGGGUAACUGGCUGGCUGGUUAAUUGACUGGCUCCAUGGUUGGUUGUCUGGCUGGUUAACUGGCUGGCUGGUUAAUUGACUGUCUCCAUGGUUGGUUGUCUGGCUGGUUAACUGGCUGGCUAGUUAAUUGACUGUCUCCAUGGUUGGUUGUCUGGCUGGGUAACUGGGUGGUUGACUGGCUAACUGGAUAGCUGGUUGAAUGGUUGUUUGUCUGGUUGGGUAACUAACUGACUGGUUGAUUAUUUAUUGACUGAAGAACGCACCACAACCCCACCACAACCACUUAUGUUCUGGUUGAAUGGUUGGUUGAAUUGACUGGUUUGGGUGAUUAUGUAUUGACUGCGAGGGACGCGUGAUAGCAUGUCCUUGUACAGUUUCAUUCUAAGUAAGUUCAUCUCUCGAGCGUCACCAUUUUUCAAUCUUAUUUCUUUCCCUCUUUCCUAUGUUCAUCUUUCCUCUCAGCGGAUUGACCGAUUAUGAAUAUCUCUCUGUCUUGGAAGUUGGCGAGUCGGUAAAUUGUUUCCGUGAUAUGCAAACGAUGUGAUUUACCUGUCAUGUUAAUUAUUAGGUGUCAUGUAACAUAGCUUUCUACACAGUUAUCUCCAUGACAAGACUAUAAAUGAAAGAAGAGUUGAAAUGGACCAUAUCCUCCCCCCAAAAGUUUCUAUCUUAUGAAAAAUAAAGUUCAUGUACACUAAAGUUA